CACGCUCGUGCUGCCGAGUUGCGGAGCAGGAGCGCGCGCGGGGUGUGUGACCGAGUCUGGGGUCAAAACUAAAGGCACAAAUAAGAUCAAAGCCGGUGUGAGUGUUCAGAGUGACGGGCUGAGCGCUUUGAUGUUACCGCGCUGACAGGGACUCGGAGAUAUUUAAGGACAGGCAGAGAGUGUGUGUGUGUGUGUGUGAGAGAGAGAGAGAGAGAGUGUGUGUGUGUGUGUGUGUGAGAGAGAGAGAGAGAGAGAGAGAGUGUGUGUGUGUGUGUGUGUGUGUGUGUGAGAGAGAGAGAGAGAGAGAGAGAGUGUGUGUGUGUGUGUGUGUGAGAGAGAGAGAGUUCCGCUGCACCGGAUGCGGGUGUAAAGUUACUGAGCUGCAGCCAAGAAGGACAAUAUAGAGUGUUGCCAUGGAAACGGUGCUUCAUCUCAUCAAUGACACAGCAGAGUUUUACACAUGGAGCCUUACCAUAGCAGACAAGCGAGUGGAGCAAUGGCCGAUGAUGUCUUCACCCCUCCCCACACUGGGCUUCAGCAUGCUGUAUUUGCUCUUCUUGUGGGUGGGGCCUCGCUACAUGCAGCACCGAGACGCUUUCAAACUGCGUAAAACUCUCAUCGUCUAUAACUUCAGCAUGGUGCUGCUCAACUUCUACAUCUGCAAAGAGCUGUUGUUGGGUUCCAGAGCAGCUGGAUAUAGCUACCUCUGCCAGCCUGUCAACUACUCAGACAAUGUCAAUGAAGUUAGGAUAGCGUCAGCUCUGUGGUGGUACUACAUCUCUAAAGGUGUGGAGUUUUUAGACACAGUGUUCUUCAUCAUGAGAAAGAAGUUUAACCAGAUCAGCUUUCUGCACGUCUACCACCACUGCACCAUGUUCAUCCUCUGGUGGAUUGGUGUUAAAUGGGUCCCUGGAGGCCAAUCGUUUUUUGGUGCGAGUAUAAACUCAGGGAUUCACGUGCUGAUGUACAGCUACUAUGGUCUCGCAGCUGUUGGUCCGCACAUGCACAAAUACCUUUGGUGGAAGAAAUACCUCACUAUCAUUCAGAUGAUCCAGUUCCAUGUCACAAUCGGUCACGCGGCUCACUCGCUGUACUCCGGCUGCCAGUUCCCAGCCUGGAUGCAGUGGGCGCUGAUCGCCUACGCAAUCACCUUCAUCAUCCUCUUCGCCAACUUCUACUACCAGACCUAUCGCCUCCGGCCGCGUUCUAAAUCACUCAAGAGCGCCUCCAAUGGUGCCUCCGCGAUGACCAAUGGCUCAGCAGGCAGCGUGGAGCAGGUAGAGGAGAAUGGCAGGAAGCAGACGAAGGAACGAACAAAGAGGGAGUGAAGGGAGGAGAGGAACGCACUGGGAACAUUGUACUGGUGGGACUGUGGGGAUUUAAAAUGGAAGUAGUGUGUGUAGGCUGGUUUUUUGUUCAAUGGGAUAGAUGGCGUUUACAAAACUAUGUUGGGGGGAAAAGAGAAAAUUAUUCAGUGCAGAUUCUGGCUGUCUUUAUACUUAUUACAUUAUUUAUGUUUAUUCAUUUCCAGGUGUGCACCGAUCAUCUAUUAUAAUAUUUAUUCUGCAAGGAAAAAUGAUCUAUAACUGUUUAUUUACCUAAAUCUCGAGAUCAGACAGAAAUAUCAGGUUCUACACAAAUGUUCCUUGGACACAAUGGAAUUUAAAUAAUUCAGUGCAAUUAGAGACCCUGGUUUCCUCUGACGUUUAAUCCUGUGUGUGUGUGUGUGUGUGUGUGUGUGUGUGUGUGUGUGUGGGUGGACGCACACCUUGUCUGGUAAUGAAAAAACAUGUGGAAGUGUACAAGGGGCGUCCCACACAAACCAGAACUUCUGAUGAAAUUUUUGGUAAAUGAAGGUGUAAACAUGAGUGAUAUUUCCAGAAGACUUUAAGCGCAGUACGGUGGUGAGACUCUUAGUAAAACAUUAAAACGUUUGUACCAUUCAAAAGAGGGCCAUAAGUCUGUGAAUGACGAUCCUGUCCGACGUGACUCGGAUCAAUCGGGAAGUGGAACGUCUGAUCACUAAAAACCGAUGGAUAACUUGUUGGAGAGACGUAUCUGUCUGUGUGAACUGUACACACACUUAUUCCCCAACACCACUUACACAUUACAGGAACUCGAAGUUAUCCCGCGUACGGUCCUGACCUCACUCAGAGACGUUUCCACAUGUUUGAGCUGUUCCUGGGAUGAGCUCCUGGGAGGCUGGCAUUUCAAAUGUGAAUCAGGCAGUCCGAUCAUGUCUCCGGGGUACUGAGACAAUUUCUCCCUUGAUGGUGUCCAAGCACUAGUGAGACCCUGGGAUAAGUGAAUUAGUGUAGCGGCGGAUUAUAUAGAGAAAUAAAGGGAGUUACUACUCUUAGAUUGUGUUAUUCUGCACAAGCAAAAGCCCCACUUUUACUUGAAUAAAGUAGAAAACUUCCAAAUCACUAUACAAGUAUGUCAACACAGUACACCUUUAGUUUUUGUUUAUAUCAUGUAUGACAGCGAGAAUCAGAAACUUCACAUUGCUCUCAAACACACACACACAAUGCUGUAGAGAUUUAGGGCGUGUUUAGCUCGAGCACUUUCGCUGAGAUCUUCCACUGUAUGUUUAUUGCACGUUCUGCUUGCUGACCUCAUGUAUGAUGAUGAUGAUGAUAAAUGUGUAAUGACCAGCGGUGGUAAUUGUACUGUAAAUAAAACGAGCGUUUAAAGCUGCAGAUGUGAAGAACGGUUUACAGUGUGGACUGAUGUUCUUCUUUACAUUUAGGCAUUUGGCAGACUCUCUUAUCCAGAGCGACUUACAUUUUUAUCUCAUUAUACAUCUGAGCAGUUGAGGAUUAAGGGCCUUGCUCAAGGGCCCAACAGGGACAACUUGGUGGUUGUGGGGUUUGAACCUGGGAUCUUCCGAACCGUAGUCCAAUGCCUUAACCACUGAGCUACCCCUGGCAGCUCUUUAAGGCUAACUAGAUUUAAAAUUAAAUCGAAAUUAAAUCUUCUCUGGUUAUUUUUGAAAGCUGUGUUUACGUACACUAUAUUACCAAAAGUAUUCACUCCCCCACCCAAAUCAUUGAAUUCAGGUGUUCCAAUCACUUCCAUGGUUACAGGUGUAUAAAAUCCGCCCUUAGCUGUGAAAGAAUGUGUCACUCUUAGGAGAUCAGUGAAUUCCAGUGUGCUACCGUGAUAGGAUGCAACCUGUGCAAUGAAUCCAGUCAUAAAAUUUCCUUGCUACUAAAUAUUUCACAGUCGACUGCUAGUGGUGUUAUAACAAAGUGUAAGCGAUUGGGAACGACAGGAACUCAGCCAUGAAGUGUUAGAGGCCAUGUAACGUCACAGAGCGGGGUCAGCAGAUGCUGAGACUUAUAGUGCACAGUCUGGGUUUGGCGGUUCCCAGGAGAACGGUACUUGUCUGACUUUGUCUGUUUUUCAGGAGUUGGGCUCCACCCCUUAGUUCCAGUGAAAGGAACUCUUAAUGCUUCAGCAUACCAAGACAUUUUAUUCAAUUUCAUGCUCCCAACUUCGUGGGAACAGUUUGGGGAUGGCCCCUUCCGGUUCCAACAUGAUUGCACGCAAGUGCACGAGGUCCAUAAAGUCAUGGAUGAGCGAGUUUGGCGUGGAAAAACUUGACUUUCCUGCACAGAGUCCUGACCUCAACCCGACAGAACACCUUUGGGAUAAAUUAGAGUGGAGACUGUAAGCCAGGCCUUCUCGUCCAACUUCACAGAUGCACUUCUGGAGGAAUGGUCAAAAAUUCCCAUAAACAAACUCCUAAACUCUGUGGAAAGCCUUCACAGAAGAGUUCAAGCUGUUAUAGCUGCUAAGGGGGCGGGGCCAACAUCAUAUUAAACCCUAUGGAUUAGAAAUUGGUCAUAUAGAUGUGAAGGCAGGCGAGCCAAUACUUUUAGCAAUUUAGUGUGUGUGUGUGUGUGUGUGUGAGAGAGUGUUUUUAUGGAUUUUAUAGGAAAUGUAAGAAUAUAAAAGGCAACCAGAAGUUUCUUUCCCUUUUUAAGCAUUGUUUUGUCCGGACAUCUAAACACAUUAAAAGAAUAAAUUGAUGAUCA